AUGUCAUCUCCAGGCGAAGCAACUGCAAGCAACACCGCCCCGCGAGAUGUCGAUGUCGAUGCCGAUGCCGAAAUGGAAGAUGCCACCACCACCACCGCCCAAGAUGCGCCAGCACGGCAGGAGGAGGAUGGCGACCGUGACAUGACGACACAGACGGACACACAGCAACCGAAUGCGACGGCAACGACAGCGUCGAGUCUACCGCAUCACAAUCGCAAGGAUGUGACGUUGCGAGAGUUUUUGAGCAAAAUGGAUGAUUAUGCGCCGAUUAUCCCCGACGCGGUAACAGCUCAUUAUCUCACACUCUCGGGACUGCCACCCCCCUCACCAUCCGACCCAACAGGAGCCAGCACGAACACGACGCCUCUCCCGCUCGCUCGUCUCCUCGCUCUCGCAACACAGAAAUUUGUCGCCGAUAUCGCCGCCGACGCCUACCAAUACUCGCGGAUCCGCAGUUCGAAUAAUGCCGUAAGCGGACCUGGUAUGGCUGGUAUGGGCGGAGGCGGAGGCGGAGCGUCUUCGUUCGCGGGUGGUGCGGCCGGCGGAUCUGGAGGGGGAGGCGCCGGUGCAGGUGGCGCAGGGGCAAAGAACCAGCAGAAUACAUCGCUGGGGGUGCAGAGGAGCGGGUACGGCGGUGGAGGACAAGGUGGGAGCGCCCAGGGCAAGACCGUCUUGACCAUGGAAGAUUUGGGCAUGGCAGUACAGGAAUAUGGCAUCAACGUCAAAAGGGGGGAGUUCUACAGAUGA